AUGGUAGACGACGACGACGCAUGGACAUUUGUCGGUCGAAAGGGAAAAUCGACCAGGAAACCUGCCAUCAAGCAGCAACCUCCGUCCACAGAAGCCGCAUCAUUCGCAUACAAGCAGAAAGCGGGGCUCCCGUCGAGCGUUCCAGACAAGCAUGCGUCCGCUACCCUCCUUGCCAAGGUGAGGCGGCAUGUCAAGUCGAUGCGGCGCAGUCCGUUCCUCGCCACCCUCAUCGAAGCCCUGGAAACGCAGCUACCAACAACAUUCGAGACGCCGUCGAAGAUGCAGCUCGUGUGCUACGGCUUGGGCAGUUUCUCAAGCAGCAACGCCGCGUAUCAGCUAGCAUGUGCGGUGCUCGUGCGCGAAUGGAUGGAGAACCAUGCCGCCAUCGACCUGCAACAUGCAUGCCUGUUUGACCCCAUCAUGACGCAGGACGACAAGGAGGUCGCGUCGGCCGUGGACUUUGUCGUGCUGGCGACCAACGAACAAGGCCACCGGCGGUCAGCGGACUCGCUGCAGACGCUGUUCUUCAUGCCACACUGCGGCAAACAGCUCUACCAGAACGUCCUUCUCUCCAACUGGACAACUCUGCAGCGCGUGUUCAUCUUGGGCAACAGCUUCUCCGCGUACGACGACCGCGUGGUGGCGGCGGCCGACAGACGGACCUCCAUCUUUAGUGCGCUCGUGCCCUACACCGCCGAAGUGGCCGUCGGUAAAAUCACCAAGUCUUGGAGCGAAUACGUGCAGUACGACGCAGCCUUUAACGACUUGAGUUUGCAUGCGUUUCCCGCAACCAAACUGCAGGACGCCGUCCGCGACGGGGUGUUUGCAAGAGAUGCCGACGCGUUCGAUGUCGGGACUGACGAAGAUCUAAUGUAAACACAUGUUCACACCACCCAAA